AUGCCAGACAGGUCGACGGGUAGAGGUCAGACGAAGCGUGACCCACCGACCCUCCAGGUUUCGGAGGUUCAGCUCAGGGCUAACAACCCAGACUGGUAUAAAGCAUAUGUUACGGAAACGGCAACAAAGAGACACCAUAUUUCUGUGUGUGAUGGACCUUCAGAGUCCCUUGGGACUCGUAUGAAUGCGGGCAGUGAAAGCCGCAAGGAAGCUGUUUGCAGGAAGAUGGAGGACCUGAACACCGCAAAGACAAAAGUUAUCAUAGGACUGUGGAAUGUAAGGACAAUGUAUGAAACUGGUGAGUUGGCACAAGUAACGACAGAGAUGAGGAGAUAUGGAUUGCACAUUCUGGGCAUAAGUGAAAGUCACUGGACAGGAUCCGGCAGGCUGAGAACAGCAACUGGAGAAACACUGAUCUAUUUCGGCAGAGAAGACAGCCAAAAGAGGGAAGGUGUAGCUAUCAUCCUAAAAAAGGGACUUGAGAAAUGCCUCAUGGAGUGGAAACAGGUCAACAGCAGAAUGAUGACACUGAGACUGAAGGGAAAGCACAGCAACACAAGCAUCCUCCAAUGUUACGCCCCUACUAACGACAGUGAAGAUGAAAGCAAGGACUAUUUUUAUGAACAGCUACAGAGGGAAUUGACAGGUAUACCUCGUCACGACCUUAUCGUUGUAAUGGGCGAUCUGAAUGCUAAAGUAGGAGAGGACAACACCAACUAUGAGAGAAAGAUGGGACAACAAGGUACGGGUACAAGAAAUGAGAAUGGUGAAAGACUAGUGGACUUCUGCGCAUUGAACAACUUGGUGAUAGGCGGAACCCUCUUCCCACACCGUACAAUUCACAAACUGGCCUGGGAUUCUCCAAAUGGCCGGGACAAGAACCAGAUUGACCACCUUAUGAUAGGAGGAAUGUGGAGACGUUCCCUACAGGAUGUGAAAGUCAAAAGAGGAGCAGAUGUCGGCAGUGAUCACCAUUUAGUGACGGCAAGGAUAAAACUCAAGCUGAAGAAAACAUUCACCAAGGAGGCGACAAGGACACGAUUUAAUGUUCACAAGCUCAGUGAUGGCAAUGUGAGAUCUGCCUUCCGACUAGAACUAAAGAAUCGAUUUCAAGCUCUCCAAGACCUCGAAGAAACCCCCCCCCCAAUACAGAUGAAGUCAAUACCCAAUGGAAGCAUAUUGUUGAGGCCUACACAGAAAGCAGUAAGACAUGUCUUGGUGUCAAGAAAAAGAAUGCAAACAAAGAAUGGAUACAGCAAGGAACUUGGAAUACUACUGAAGAACGAAGAGAAAUCAAGAAAAGACAGCUUGCAGUUAAAUCAAUACGGCUACAAGAGAAGCACGCAGAGGAUUGCAAGAAAGACUGGUCAGGAAGGACAAAAGAGAAACCAUGGAAAUGUUGGCAACUGA